AGUAACUAAUAUAUAUUUUUUGUACACAAUAAUAGGCCUUUUUUUUGCGUGUAGAUAGCGUUCCACUUUGACAAUAUCCUGACAGAGAUAUCAUAUCAGAAAAAAGUUUGGAUACGUCUUUACAGCGUAACUGUUUUCUCCUUCUAUCACACUGUGCCUUCUUCUCAAUUACGUUAUUGAUUCAUUUCUUUUUUUUUCUUCUAACUAUACCUUUCCUGUUAACGGAAAAUUUGUCAUUGACCGAGAACAGAGAUUAAGCUGUGAGUGCGACCGAACUAUAAUAGCGCCAGUUGACGAUCGAACCACCUACAAAAGUUAAUUUUGACUUCCUUUAGGUGAGUUUUCUUUCUCCUUCUGCCUCAUUGUAGUCCCAUCGAUCUGCGCUUUUUCUUUUAUCUCACUGUUUCUUUUUCUUCUUUCUUCUAUCUCCUUCCUUUCAAAUCUGUGCACGUGCGUGUGUGACUUCCUUUGUGUCGACAGCAAGAAAGCGAACAUAAAAAUUCCUUUCUUUUUUUUUCAAAGGAACAAAUACAAUAGUAUCCACUAGCACUAUCUUUCUUCUUUUUCUCUUUUCUCUUUUUCUCCUUUCCUCUUUUCUCUUUUUUUUUUCUUCUGCCCAUCAUUGAGAGCCGAAUCACAUAACAAUCAAGCUCUUAUACUCUUUUUUUUUCUUUAACUGUUAUCUAUUUCUCUUUCCAGUGUUUUCCCAUUUUCAUUUCUACUAGCAGUAAAUUUGCCGAAAAAGUUUUUUUCCCCUUUUUUGAAACCUAAGCACCGCUAAGAGCGUGAAAAGUAGAGGUUUUUGUGCAUGCCUUCUCUUUCUGAUCCUCCUCUUCUCACUUUUCGUAGACUGCAAUUUCCUCCAAAAGCAAAUACUGAAAACCAUAUCAUCAUACAAUCAAAGAAAGCACCAUUGUCAUUUACCUCUCGAAUUGCACCAGCUUCGUAUAUCUUUGAGCACUUCUGUCAAAUCUUCUUAUCGAACUGUUACACUUUACUGUUGUUUAGUUAACUGACCAAAUCACCAGUAAAGCGAUUUUCUCUUCUCUUUUUAGAACGUUUGUGCAAUACAGCUUUUCCGCCAACCAUGUCUUCUUACCACACAUCCAGGUGGUUGCGCAGCAGGCUGGCUGCCGUUCUAGUUUGCGUUGUGCUGCUUGCCCUUGCUGGUGGCGGCGCCCGAUCAGCCCCUACUGCGCAAAGCGAGCGCGGCUGCUCUGCUACCAUUCCGUUUUACACUGCAUCGCAGCAGGAAAACACCCGCAAAUUCCUCGAUGCCUUUAAAGAGUCAAUUCCUGCUCUCAAGCGUCUGUGGACGUGUGACAACUUCUGCGACCGCGCCUACGUCACGUGCUCUUGGAACGGAGUUGAGGUCAACAUUGAAGACAUCAUCGUCGACGGUAGUCUUCCAGAAGUUCCAACAAGUGCUGCUGGCUCUGAAGUCGUUGUCACCGCCAUCAAAGUUCACGGUAACGGAUCAAACCUGGCCGGUACCUUGCCGUCUACGUGGGGCAUCCUGGAGAACCUCAUGGAGCUUCAACUCGCGGGAACUGGUUUGUCCGGAACACUCCCGGAGUCAUGGGGUGAAGCAGAUACCGCAAACCCAGAGAACCCCUUCAUUUCGAUCCAACGCAACGCCGCGCCGCUGCUCCCCGCUAAGAAAAAAGUACGCAACCUGUCCUACAACAACCUCACCGGUCCCCUGCCCGUAGCUUGGGCGCAGCACAACAUCUUUGAUAUUUUGCUGCUCAACAACAAUCACUUCAGCGGUCCCUUACCCACCGAGUGGGCAGGUUUAACCCGGCUGGAAGGGCUCAAUCUCUCUACGAAUGAUCUCAGCGGCUCUCUCCCCGCGAGCUGGUCUGCCUUGACCACCAUGCAGCAGCUUUCCAUCAGUAACAAUGAAAUUGGCGGAACGCUCCCACCGGAGUGGUCAGCCAUGAACAAGAUGCUCACACUCGAACUGAACAGUAACAAGAUCAUCGGAACUAUUCCUCCGUCAUGGGCUACGUCAAUGACCAAAGUAGACGUCAUCACCGUCGAGGACAACAACCUUUGCGGAUGCGUUCCGGAACCUUGGAAGAACAGCACGUCCACUUCCGUCAACGCUGAUCCGCCCCUUUGGACUCCCGAUUGCGCCACAGCAAACCCCUGUGAAGGCAGCAGUUCUAGCAGCAGCUCCGCCCCGUCGUCCUCGUCUUCGUCGUCCUCGGCGGCCUUCAGCUCGGGCAGCAGUUCUGAUGCGUGUCACGAUCGUGUUCCAUACUACUCUGACUCGGAAACAGAAAACACGCGCAAAUUUUUGAACGCAUUUGCUCAGAACUUUGCUUAUCUCACGCCGAUUUGGGUUUGCCCGAAUUUUUGCGUAUGGGAAGGGGUGUCGUGUACACCAAAUGGUAUCGAGAUGGAUCUGAGUGGGAUGGGGGUGGAGGGCUCCCUGCCUCCCCUGCCUGCAGACUGCCUCGCGUCAGAGGUUGUCAUCAAAGGUAUCAACAUUGGCGAUCCUGGCAACAAGGUGUCAAUCGACGGUGGACUUCCGGAGAAUUGGGGUGAUCUUUCUCAGCUGUCCACUUUGGACCUGUCGUACAGCGGCGUCUCUGGUACUCUUCCCUCUUCUUGGAGCUCGAUGAAUCUGGAUACGCUCAAUCUGGGACACAACAACCUAAGCGGUCCGCUUCCGGUGGAGUGGAGCGAGAUGAGCACGCUGAACGAGUUGUACCUGAACAACAACCAGCUGACCGGUUCGAUUCCCUCGGGCUAUUUUUUUAUGGUAAAUCUCUCCAUCUUGGAUGUGUCGAACAACCAGCUGACUGGAUCGCUGCCCUCCAUCAAGGGUGGGAGCCGAAAGUUCCGUAUCUUUGGCGGCGAUUUGCAACGCUCGGUGGCAAAGUAG